CGGAUUCUUGAAAUUUUCUUUGCAAAACAAAAUGGCUACCAUUACCAAUUCGAUAUUCCAAAACGUGUCUUUGUUUUCCUCAUUAGCAACGAAUAACCACAAAGUUCCACCAUUCAAAAUCUGCCACGUGUCUCAAAAACCCGCCAUAAUCAAACAAAUUUGCCCGCAAAGCAACUUCAAAGAAUCAUUUUUAAGUCUCACUAAUUUAAUUACUCAUAAAAACUACUCAUCUCAAAAAUGUAUAUACGAGGCUUAUUCACUGUUAUUAGAGCUUUGUGCAACCCAAAAAGCUCUAAAACAAGGCAAACAAAUCCAUACCCAUGUUCUUAAAUUGUGUUUAAAGCAUAAUGAUUCAGUUUUCUUGAACACCAAGAUUCUUUUUAUGUAUGGAAAAUGUGGGUCAAUUUGUGAUGCACAUAAGGUGUUUGAUAAAAUGCCUGAAAGAACUGUUUUUACUUGGAAUGCAAUGAUUGGUGCUUGUGUUUUAAAUGGGGUACCUUUUAAAGCACUUGAGUUGUAUAGAGAUAUGAGGUUUUUGGGUGUUUGUUUAGAUGCACAUACACUUUCUAGUACAUUGAAAGCAAUUAGUCAGGUUGAAUGUUUGUAUUAUGGAAGUGAAAUACAUGGUUUUGCAAUAAAAGUUGGGCUUAUUUCUAAUAUUUUUGUGGUGAAUUCACUGGUGAGUAUGUAUACUAAGUGUAAUGAUAUUGGGGCAGCUACAUUGUUGUUUGAUGGAAUGAGUGAAAGAGAGGAUGUUGUUUCUUGGAAUUCUAUGAUUUCUGCUUAUGUGGUAAAUGGGAUGAAUCAAGAAGCUUUAAGUCUAUUUAUAGAAAUGUUGAGUGCUAGUGUUGAACCGACGACUUAUACUUUUGUUUCGGCUAUUCAAGCAUGUGAUGAGACAAAAUUUGGGGCUGAGAUUCAUGGUGUUGUUGUGAAACUUGGUUAUUCUGUUGCUAUGUAUGUUGUGAAUGCGUUGUUAAUGAUGUACGUUAAGAACAAUAGAGUCAAUGAAGCUGCUAAAAUAUUCUUCCAUAUGCAAGAAAAGGACAACAUUUCUUGGAAUUCCAUGAUAUCAGGGUACGUGCAAAAUGGACUUUAUGAUGAAGCGAUUAAUUUGUUUCAUGAGAUGAAGAAUGCGGGUCAGAAACCUGACCAUGUCUCGCUUAUGAGUAUGCUAGUUGCAUCUGGAAGACAAGGAAAUUUGUUAAAUGGUAUGGAAAUUCAUGCCUUUUCGCUGCGAAAUGGUUUGGAUAGUGAUUUGCAGGUUGGCAAUACUCUUGUAGAUAUGUAUGCCAAGUGUGGUAAGUUAGAUUACAUGGACUCUGUCUUUGAUAGGAUGCUGCAUAGAGAUAAUGUCUCUUGGACAACAAUUAUUGCUGCUUAUGCUCAGAAUAAUUUUCCCCAGAAGGCCGUGCAAUUAUUUCGUGAGGUACAGGCAGAAGGAAGCUAUGUUGAUGCCCUUAUGAUUGGAAGUGUCCUCCUUGCUUGUACCGAGUUGAGGUGCAACUUACUUGCAAAAGAAAUUCACUGUUAUGUGAUCAAAAGAGGACUGUAUGAUCCUGUCAUACAGAAAACGCUUGUGAGUGUUUAUGGAGAUUGUGGGAAUGUGGACUAUGCAAAUAGUAUUUUUAGGUUGAGUGAAGUUAAAGAUGUCAUAUCCUUUACAAGCAUGAUGUGCAGUUAUGUUGAAAAUGGUCUUGCAAAUGAGGCUCUUGGUCUCAUGCUCUAUAUGAAUGAAAUGGAAAUUGAGGCAGAUUUCGUUGCAGUCCUAAGCAUGCUCAAUGCUGCUGCUGAUUUAUCUUCCUUAAGGAAAGGAAAAGAGAUUCAUGGAUUUUUAGUUAGAAAAGGAUUCCUUCUGCAAGAUUCCUUUAGAAGCUCUCUAAUAGAUAUGUAUGCCAGCUGUGGGACUCUGGAGAACUCAUAUAAGGUGUUUAAUUAUUUAAAGAGCAAAGAUCCGUUUUGUUGGACGAGCAUGAUAAAUGCUUGUGGAUUACAUGGAUGUGGUAGGGAAGCCAUUGAUAUAUUCACAGGGAUGGAGAAGGAAAAUAUCCACCCAGAUCACAUAACCUUCUUGGCUGUUCUUCGUGCAUGUAGCCAUACGGCACUAAUAGAAGAUGGCAAAAGGAUUUUCAAAAUAAUGCAAAGCAAGUACGGAUUGGAGCCUUGGCCGGAACACUAUGCUUGUUUAGUUGAUUUGCUUGGACGUGCAAAUCACUUGGAAGAGGCAUUCCAAAUUGUGAAAACAAUGAACUUGGAGGAUAUACCUGCCGUCUGGUGUGCUCUCCUUGGUGCUUGUCAGGUAUACUCUAAUAAAGAGUUAGGAGAAAUUGCUGCAAAGAAGCUUCUUGAAUUAGAGCCCAAGAAUCCAGGAAAUUAUGUUCUUGUAUCUAAUGUGUAUGCUGCGACAAAUAGAUGGGACGAUGUAGAAGAAGUCAGAGUAACAAUUAAAGAAAAAGGGCUGAAGAAAGAUCCUGCAUGUAGUUGGAUAGAGGUAGGAGAUAAGGUUCAUACAUUUGUUGCUCACGACAAGUCCCACCCUGAGUGUAAUAAGAUUUAUGAAAAAUUAGCUCAUCUCACUGAGAAAUUGGAGGAGGAAGCAGGUUAUGUGGCUCAAACCAAAUAUGUUUUGCACAAUGUGGAGGAAAAAGAAAAAGUCAAGUUGCUUAAAGGACACAGUGAAAGACUGGCUAUUGCAUAUGGUUUACUUGCUAGUACUGAUAGAAACCCCAUUCGAAUCACAAAAAAUCUUCGUGUCUGUAGUGAUUGCCAUACUUUCAGCAAGCUAGCUUCAAAGUUCCUAGAGCGAGAUAUCAUAGUUAGAGAUGCCAAAAGAUUUCACCAUUUCAGGAAUGGGAUAUGUUCCUGUGGAGAUUUCUGGUGAAACCGGUAAUUGGUUAUCCUAUCAAGCAGAUCUUUCUGAUCAUAACUAACUUUACUGCUCGGUAACAUCCACUUUAAGACACGCUCAGUGUAUUUUUCAAUAAGAGAUGGAGCUAGCUGACAUGUCCUCUUGUAGUGAACCAACGGCAAUAUUAGUUCCGUUGCCUUGACCUGAUGUUCAGAGAAUUUGGAGGUGGUUCGAGUCUUUGGCAACUUGGAGGAGCUCAUGAGCUCUACAACAAUCAAGACUCCUCUUUCUAAAUAAAGUUUGCAGGUCAGCGCUUUUGUUAAAGUGCAUAUCAGCAACCAAGCAUGUACCUGGAUUUGGUUCCUUCCUUUGCCUAAGGAAGAGGGCAGUCAUUUCCCUGAUGUUCGUCUGUCGUUAAGUCCGGCUUGCAGAACCGUCUUUCGGAUGACUUUUAGUCUUGGUUGGUUAGCCCCUUUUUUCCGUUGCUGUAGUUGGUAGUAGCGAGAAAGACUCACAAGGAAGUUGGCCCCUAUCUUCUUAAGUGGCUCAUCACUUUGUCUACCUUCUUGGCUUUAGUGAACAGUUCAAUGCUGAUAGAUUGGGUGGAUUUUGUUGUAAUCAUUUACUUUUGUAUAUUCUUUACCCUUUGGUAUACCCCUCGUAUACGGCCAGUCUUUUGGCCAUGUUUAUGAUUAAAAGUACAUCUACGUGAUCACAUAAAAAAUAAAAAUAAAAAGCACAGGGAGUUGGUGAAGUUUGUCCAAGGUGAGUCAAUUGACACUCCUCCGGAAAAAAAUAGGUCAUAUUUUUAUUUUAUUUCAUGUAUAUAUACUAGUAUUAGUAUAUGUUGAAUCCUUUGAAAGGUGUAAAUUGGAGUAUAUUUUGACUCUUUUUAGUGACUUGGCUCCACAACUGGUUGUCAAAGUGUUCGUAAUUGUAUCUUACGCUAUUUGAGAAAUAUACUCCGUCUAUCCCAA